AUGUCAGAUACAGCUCUUUCAUACGAGGAACCAGACAUCAUUCUCAUACUCACCCAGUCUUCAUUCCUAAUCUUGCUGAAUGUCCUUGGAUCGGUCAUCGAUCACUACCUUUACUGUGGCCUGAUUGCUCAGAUCCUCCUCGGCAUAGCUUGGGGAAAACCUGGUGGGGACUUACUAGCAGAUGAUUUCCAAAAGGUUGUCACUCAAAUUGGCUACCUGGGCCUGAUUGCUAUCAUCUUUGAAGGUGGACUCUCCACUUCUCCAAAGGCUGUUCAGAAAAAUCUGAUCUUGUCGACCUGUGUUGCCUUGACUGGAAUUCUCGUUCCCCUCGGAUUAUCAUACUCGCUUCUUUCCUUUGCUUCUUCCACCAAUCUUCAAGCAUUUGCUGCAGGAGCUGCGUUAUGCUCCACCAGUCUAGGGACUACCUUCAAUGUCUUAAAGACAACGGGGUUAUCAUCGACCCGCCUGGGUGUUGUCUUGACAUCUGCUGCCAUGCUCGAUGAUGUGGUGGGACUGAUAAUGGUACAGAUUAUUUCCAAUCUGGGCUUAAACUCUGGCCCAUUCCAGCCAUCGAUAGUCGUUCGUCCAGUUUUUGUCUCCAUUGGCUUUGCAGUUGUGUUGAUCCUGGUUUGCAAAUACAUUUACAGACCGAUUAUGGGCUACCUAGCGGUGCGAAAGCUGGUGACUAAGUUACUGGAAAUGUCAACCAUUUAUUUUUUGGUCUGUACAGCAUUCCUCCUGGCUCUCAUAACCAGCGCAAGUUAUGCCGGAACUUCAGUUCUCUUUGCGACAUACCUUGCUGGCGCAUCUCUCUCUUGGAUGGGUACCCUUCAUGUGCUCUGGGACAUGACCGCACAACAACCCAACAGUGAAACUCUGACCUCGCCAGAUACUUCCUCGAUAGCUAGGAUACUAAGCUCACCAGUAUCAAAGGUGAACCAGCAGUCUUCUUCAGGAAGACAAGAGGGUAGGUCGGAUGAAAGUCCACUCCAGCCAAGCAUUGAACUUCGAGAUCAAACAAGACAGCAGGCAACUCCACCACCAGAUGAUGACAGCCCAGUGACUGUCCACGCUCGCGCCAUUCCAUCAAACAAAGUGGAAGACAGCCACGCAGCGCAAGACAACCAUGGUCUUCGCAUGUACAAUAGGUUCUAUGCUCCCGCCGUGGACCACAUCCUCAAACCAUUCUUCUUUGUCUGUCCCCCGAAAUCCUGUGAUACUAUCCACAGAUCAAUCAGCUGA